CUCACCUGCGCGCCUCACACCACCUCACCUGGACCGACCGCGAUGGAGGAAAGCACAUGAAAUAUGACGAGGAUAUUAUUUUCCUGUGCGCACUUUUCGACUGAAGGAAGAAGAAGCAGCAGAACUGACUCAGAAGUUUGUCUCAGACAGAAAAUAUAGCAGCAGCAGUUUCCAGGACGAACAGGUGUUUUAAAGCACCACCACCCCACCAUGUGGUAAUCCUCUCGGUGUUGCCAGGAAAACGCUGAACAACACUUUGAGCAGCUGACCUCAUCCACAGUCUUCACCUGCAGCAGCUGCCCUCAUGGCCCACCCCUACGAGCCCUGGUUACGGACAGCACCACCUAGUGGCAGCUCAGAAGAUAUGAACAUCCCCUCCUGGUGGGACCUUCACAGGGACGUGCAGCCAGGCAGCUGGAUCGACCUGCAGACGGGUCAAGGUGUUGGUUUGCCGUCCGUGAGUCCGGGCAGCUCCAUGGGGCUGCAGCCAUCUUUAGGGCCUUAUGGCUCCGACCCACAGCUGUGCACGCUGCCUCCAGCUCAGCAUGCUCCGGCCUCGCACUCAUCCCACCUCUUCUCCCAGGACGGCUUCAAGAUGGAACCGCUGGCCCCUGAGAUGCUGCAGCAGGAAACGUUCUCCUUGGAGGAACCUCAGGAGACCUCGGUGUCAGCUCGUCCCAAACCCCAGCGUCGCUCCUCCUCCAGAGGCGCCGGCCAGGCCGCAUGCCGCUGCCCGAACUGCGUCCACGCCGAGCAGAUGGGCCAGAGCACCGACGACAGCAGGAGGAAGCACAUGCACAACUGCCACAUCCCGGGCUGUGGCAAAGCCUACGCCAAGACCUCCCACCUGAAAGCCCACCUACGAUGGCACAGCGGGGAUCGGCCCUUCGUCUGCAACUGGCUCUUCUGUGGGAAGAGGUUCACGCGCUCUGACGAACUGCAGCGCCACCUACAGACGCACACCGGAGCUAAAAAGUUCAGCUGCGCGUUAUGCCCCAGAGUGUUCAUGCGCAACGACCACCUGGCAAAGCACAUGCGCACACAUGAGUCGCCGCCAGGACACGGCGAGGAGAGGGUGAACGGAGACGGCAGGAUGGACAAAGGCUUCGAUGCAGCGACGCCUCCGCAGUCGUCCUCAAAUGUGUCCGACGGCACUGAGCCUCCACUUAAGCUGAAGUGUGAGACAGACCCGUCGGUGUCCAGCGUGACGGGGCAGUCCGGUUAAGUUCAUCAGUUUCAGAAGAUGAAGGGCUCACCAUGUGGUCUCCUCUCUGUCGGAGAGGAGUCAUAAUUUUACAGUAGAAGAAUAGAGCGUAGAAGAAAGUUUGGGACAAACUAUUACAGAUGAAAGCUGGAUGGAACAAAUACUCAUCUAUGGUCCUGUGAAUUUACCAACUGGGUAAACUCAGUGAUGUUAUAGCAGAAUAAAAAAGAGGAAUUCUGUGCAGAAAAGUUUCCUCUGAAAAGUGAAAAGAUGGCGAACAAGGCAACAGGUUGUUGCUGGACAUCCAUUGCUGCUAGAGCUACAACUGCCAGAAGACAAGAGACUGGAUGAGUUCAUCAGAAGGUGGCUUGGUGACUUGUUUACAAUGAAAUUAAUCAAACAUGUGGAAUAGAAGAGCAGUUUUAAUGAACUAUUUCAAGGAAAGGAGGCAGCGAUGAUGUUUUCUUUAUGUUUAAAACUGUCACCACGUGUGCAGCCUACUGUACUGGAAGAUAAUAACGUUUUAAAAAGGUUAGUAGCCAUUUGGAUGAGCGAUGUCAAAUAAAAUGGUGUGCUACAGCAGCGCCAAAAAGACAAUAUAUAAUAUAAUAUAAUAUAAUAUAAUAUAAUAUAAUAUAAUAUAAUAUAAUAUAAUAUAAUAUAAUAUAAUAUAAUGGGAGAUCCAUGCGCUAUAUAUUGUAUUUACCAAUAAUUCUGUGCUUCUGUCACCACUGAUCUCACAGUAGUAGAAUGUGAACGGGUGUUCAACGUGAAACACCACAAAGCAAAGAACCACGGCAGUGAUAUGAAAAACUCACCUAAAACAAAAAAAAAACUGAACAGUGAAAAUUCCUGUCAGGUAAGGAGAUAAAGCCGGACAUGGACAGAAAACGCCGCUGGAAUAAAUGAAUCCGGCUUUUGUUGGGACACGCUGAUGACAGCAGCCACAGCUGGCAACAAAAUAAACACACAUUAUCCACAUUAUCCACCCUGUCAGCGCUACAAGCUGCUGCCAUUGAACAAAACCUCAGGCACGAAGCUACACUUCAUUAGGCAGAUUAAUCCAGAGCCCUGAGCAUCCCCAAGAUUUAAAGCUGCACUUAAUAUUUUUACAGUAACAAUGGAUCAGUAUGUAAUGUGAAAGAUGUGUGAUGUGGAGGUUUAUCACUCAGCUCUGCUAUUCAACUCAACUUUGCUUCAUGUUCUGGCAUCUUUUAGCCCAUUGUUUUGAUUUUCUGACCCUCUCAGCUCCCAUCCACCCCGUUUCUAGCUGCAGGCAGCUCCUUUCAGCAAAGCCUUCUGAUAAAACCCACUUAGCCUGCAUUAAAGACAAAACAGGUAAAGGUAGCAACUAGUUUGCUAGCAUGUGCACAGAUCAGCCACAAUAUUAAAACAAGAGCCUGACAAAUAUGAAAUUUUUGAGGCUGACAGCAGUUUUUAGGGUGUGAAAAUUUCUGAUAUUAAUAUGUCACCUGAUAUUCAGUGAUUGGGUCAUUGUUUAUUUCCCGCAAUGUUUUUCACAGACGAGUUAGGAGCUUACUGUGAUGACACCACUUGACUCUGCAACCACUAUCUGAUCGGCUGUCAUACAUGCUCUGCUACAUGUGCUGCACACCGUGCUGACAGUGACGUAAACAAUAAAGAUGGAGCUGUUGCUGGGCAAACUAUGUGAUGACACUAUUUCAAAAUUAUCCCAAGAAUCUUUUUCUGCAUUAUGUUUGGGUAAAAAAAGACAAAAAGUUUAUAUAUGGCCACACCGAUAUAUCUAUAAUAGGCCAAUAUUGGCUGAUAAUCAAUAUUCGAUCAACUGAUAUAACAGUCAGGCUUUAAUUAAAACCUCUGAUAAGUGAAGUGAAUGACACUAAUUGUCUUUUACAAUGCAAUGAUCUGCUGGGAAACUGUGGGUCCUGCAUUUGUAUGGAUGUUACUUUGACAUGUACCACCCACCUAAACCCUGUUGCAGACCAAGCGCACCCCCUUCACGAUAGCAGCCUCUUCCAGCAGGACUCCGCCACAAUGCAAAAACUGCUUUGGAAUAAUUCGAGGGACACGACAAAGAGCCCAAGGUGUUGACCAGCCUCCAAAAGUGUCCACAGAGGCCCCAUUCUGCAACCUACAGGACCCAAAGGAUCCAAUGUCUGACCAGUCAGAGCUGUUCCGGUGACGAAAUAAUAGGAAAAACAGUGGUUUUAAUGUUGUGGCUGAUCAGUUUACUUAACUGUAAUACCUGAAAUUUCCUCAAGAUGUUGGUGGAGACUAAAAAAGAUUAAAAUGAGGAGUUAUUUUUUUUUGGUGACAAGAACUCCAAAUAAAUGCUAAUGAGGCUGCUGAAUGUGUAAUUAGCGAAUUAAUGGCUAACACAUUCACCAUAAAGGUGAAAAUACAAUCAUAAUACGUAAAUGUCACGUUUACGGGUUGAUCUGCUGCCCCCAAGAGGACAAACAUGGAAGAAAAGUCUGAACAGAGCAGGUAAACGUUCAUGGAAUACAACGUCCAUGUCAAAAAAUGCAAAAGAAAACCUCAUAAAGGCUCUAAAUGUUUAGGUUUAGCAGAAAGUGGUACUACCAAAUCUAUCCAAGUUUACCUCAUUAAGCAACUCUAUCUUCCAAAUGCCAUCAGCCCCAUAACCUUUUGCAUGUCGGAUCAAGCUAUAGUCCCAAUUAUCAACAAAGAAUGUGGGAAAUGCUCAUCUCUCAUCACAUUUUAUUAACAGCUGUUGGUGCCUCUGAGCUGCAGUUUUUAUGUGUUCGCUGACAAAUAAUUUAACAAAACACUGUUGAAACAUGAGCACCAGAGAAAGACUGUCAGCAGUCAAGGAAAUGAAAUAAAAUGCAACUGAACAACACAAGCAGCAGCAGCAGAAAUUCUUUAGGUUUCGUGUGUUGGAUAGUUAACUUUCAUAAUCAAUAUUGUAUGAUCAAUAGUUCUGUAGCAAGCAGCUUCACAGUUUAAAACAAUAUUAGGAUGUAUGUAAACCAUCACAGACAUUAGGCAGAUUUUUAUAUAUUAGGGAGCUCGCAUUACUGCCAGCUCAUGAUUGCUGUAUUUAUGUAUAGAUGAUAAGAAAUGGAAGACAGUGCUUAAACAGUAGUCAAUUACUGUGUAUUGUCUAUUAUUAUUAUUUUGAUGUUCUUAUAGAUAGGCUUAUCAUGUUUCCUUUAUGGAACUUUUUAAAGUGGUUGCUGUAGUAAAUGUCUUAGUUGUGGAAACUGUAAUAAAAUAAGUUCAAAAACUUUUAAUAAGUUAAUAUCGUGGUGUAACAACUUGUAUUUAAUCUAUUGUUGUUCCUUAUUAAAUAAAAACAUAUGUAUAUGCUGUG